CGACAGCUGCCAGCUGCCAGUUGCCAUAGUUAUUUGUCAACAUCGAGAUUAGCUGCGAAUUUUGUGAGGUAUUUUCGCUUUUCUCGUGCCCCAAGCCCAGGAAUAUUAGGAUUGGGUAAAUAUGUCUUACAACCAAGGAGGAGGAUUUCGAGGUCGCGACAGCAACUUCGGCUCAGGGGGCUUCAAUCGGAGCUUCGGGGGGCGAAGUGGCGAUGGCGAAGGCUUCAGAAGCGGCGGGGGCGGUUACCGCAGUGGCGGCGGCGGCGGGUUUAGAAAUGGAUCAGGUGGCAGAGGUGGCGAUCGCUUUGAAGGUGGUGGAAGUCGAUUUGGUGGCCGAGGAGGAGGCGGCGGCGGUCCGGGCAAAGGACUGCGGAAGCCCCAUUGGGACAUGCAACAGCUGCACCCGUUUAAAAAGGACUUUUAUGUCCCACACCCAGCUGUGGCCAGUCGUUCCACUUACGAAGUAGAGGCAUUCAGGCAAGCCAAGGAAAUCACCGUUGACAGCGAGGUUCCCAACCCAAUCCAGAACUUCGAGGAGGCCAGUUUUCCGGAUUAUGUGUUGCAGGAAGUCCAUAAUCAAGGCUAUGAUUUUCCCACUCCAAUCCAAUCUCAAGGAUGGCCGAUAGCGCUCAGUGGACGCGAUAUGGUCGGCAUUGCUCAAACCGGAUCGGGGAAAACACUGGCUUACAUCCUUCCGGCUAUAGUGCACAUUAAGAACCAGCCGCGACUAAGUCCUGGUGAAGGUCCGAUAGCGUUGGUGCUGGCGCCCACUCGAGAACUCGCCCAACAAAUCCAGCAAGUGGCCAACGAUUUUGGACGGUCGUCUUACAUCCGUAACACCUGCGUGUUUGGUGGGGCCCCCAAAGGGCCCCAGGCCAGGGAUUUGGAGCGAGGCGUGGAGAUUUGCAUCGCUACGCCAGGCAGAUUGAUCGAUUUCCUGGAAAAGGGCUCCACUAAUCUGGCCAGAUGCACCUACUUGGUGCUGGACGAGGCCGACAGAAUGCUGGACAUGGGCUUCGAGCCGCAAAUUCGCAAGAUAAUCGAGCAGAUUCGCCCGGACAGGCAAACGUUGAUGUGGUCGGCCACUUGGCCUAAGGAAGUCAUGCGACUUGCGUCCGAUUUCAUGACUGACUUCAUCACCAUCAACGUUGGUUCGCUGCAACUUUCCGCCAAUCACAACAUCCUGCAGAUUGUGGAUGUUUGCCAGGAGCAUGAGAAGGAAUUUAAGUUGAACCAGUUGCUGCAGGAAAUCGGGAACAAUGCAGAGCCGGGGGCGAAAGUGAUUAUUUUCGUGGAAACCAAAAAGAAAGUGGAGCAAAUAACCAGAAAUCUCAAACGGUACGGCUGGUCCGCUCUGUGCAUGCACGGUGACAAAAGCCAGCAGGAGCGCGACUAUGUCCUGAAGGACUUUAGAAUGGGGAAAUCCACUAUUCUAGUUGCCACUGAUGUGGCGGCAAGGGGACUAGAUGUGGAGGGCAUAAAGUACGUGAUAAACUACGACUAUCCGAACUCUUCCGAAGACUACAUUCAUCGGAUUGGAAGAACGGCUCGCUCCGAUACGACUGGGACGUCUUAUGCCUUUUUCACGCCCGGCAAUUUUCGGCAAGCUAAAGAUUUGGUGUCUGUCCUAAACGAAGCCAAUCAGGUGGUCAAUCCGAAGUUGGCUGAAAUGAUGAACCGCGGAGGUUCGGGCGGUUAUGGAGGGCGUGGCCGUUGGGGCGCCCCCGGCGGGCGAAGUGGCGGCAUGUCGGGAGGUUCCCGAGGUUAUUCCAGGGGAUUUUCGGGCGGUGGCAGUCGAGGUAGUGACGACCGUGGAGGUUAUGGAGCCGGGGGAGUGUUUGGCGAUUCAGUGGAGGAUCAAUGACAGGUUCCAGUGGAUUGAGUAGAGGGUGAUUUCGUUGCUUGGGGGGCCAAAACAGGCUUUCCAAUGUUCUGUUGAGGCCAAGUAAGCUGAGUGGAUAAAAUGGCAAUUAAAACACCAAUUAAUUAAUUUACAUCCAGGUCAGUUUCAUCUUUAACUGUGUAGGAUUAAUUGACUGUUCUCAUCGUCCACAUUUUCCGUUUGUGGAAUUUUAAGACUCAGAUUUGGUUUAAUUCCACCAAUCGAUGUCCCAUAGUAUUUAUUGUUAUUAUUUUAUAUUCCAAAUUUAGAUGUACAUUUAUAAUGAGAGAUUCCAUGUUUUGAUUGCAUACCUGUAGUUUAUUUCAGAAAUUUAGUGUGUAGAGAACGAAACUUCUCUAUGGUUUAUUUUAAAAUGUUUGCCUUUUUCCAAUAAAAAUGCACUGAAAAUAAA